AUGCUAUUAAAAGUAGGUGACUGUUUUAAUUCUUUGCAAGAAUUAGAACAAAAAGUUUCAUCCUAUGGAAUUGAAUCAUGUGUUUCUCUUUAUAAGAGAGAAAGUAGGACGAUUGAGUCAGCUAGGAGAAGAGGAAUUAAGAGGUUUAUUAAAGAAAGUUUAAUGUUUUAUACAAUACAUUAUGCAUGUUACCAUGGUGGAAAGAAUUUUAUUAGUAAAUCAACUGGAAAACGCCCAAAUCAAAGCACAUUCCAGAUGAACUGUACAUUUGGAAUUUGGUUUAAAGUGACUGAUGAUGGAAUGCAGUUUUGUGUUGACAAGAUGAUGUUAGAGCAUAACCAUGAUAUUGAUCGAGAAUUUUUUAACAACCUCCCAAAAAGAAGAAAACUAAGUACAGAAGCAGAGCAAGAUGUUUCGAGAAUUUUAACUAUGCAUGGAAACAAGUGGCUAAUAAAAGAUCAAAUACUAAAAGAAACAGGUUUAAAAAAGCUAAUAAUUCUACAAAAAUAUUUUAAGAUCGUUUGUUCUAUAUUUGAUCAUGUAUACUCAAUGUAUAUUAUUAUAUUAUAUCUAUAAUUUCAGUUUAAUUCAUUUUUCUACAUUAGUGCAAGU